CUCAAAGGUGCUACCGGCUUUUUCAUAACCCUGUCGAUUAGCCAGUCUCCAAAUUCUCGAUCUUCUUCGAUUACCGCGUUCACCGCGUGACAACUUCUCCAUAUCAACCAUCAUGUCUUUUGGAAAAAGUGUCUCCCUCUCCACCGGCGCCCCCAUCCCUCAAAUCGGAUUCGGUACAUGGCAGGCUGGGCCUGGGCAGGUCGGGAACUCAGUCGAGAUCGCCGUGAAGAAUGGCUACAAGCACCUCGAUCUCGCGAUGGUAUACGCCAACCAGCCCGAGAUCGGCGAGGCGUUCAAAAAGCUGUUCCCCGCCGUCGCAAAGCGCGAGGACAUCUUCAUCACCUCCAAGUGCUGGAACACCUCACAUCGGCCGGAUCUUGUCGAGAAGGAGCUGGACGAGACUUUGAAGCAACUCGGACUCGAUUACCUGGAUCUCUAUCUGAUCCACUGGCCCGUCGCUUUCCAACCUGGCGCUAACCUCUUCCCUCUCGAUCCGGCCGGUCAGGGCGAAGUGGCGCUCGAUCUCGAGACCUCGCUCGUCGACACAUGGAAGGCCAUGCUCGCGCUCCCCAAGUCGAAGGUCCGCAACGUCGGUGUCUCCAACUUCACCAUUGCACACCUCGAGGGCAUCAUCAAAGCCACUGGCGUCGUCCCCGCUGCGAACCAGAUCGAGGCUCACCCGCUGCUGCCCCAAGAUGAGCUCGCGGCAUACUGCGCGUCGAAGAACAUCCACAUCACCGCCUACAGUUCUCUCGGCAACAACUCUGUCGGGGACCCGCUGCUCACAGAAAACCCGGUCGUCGUCGAAGUCGCCAACUCGAUCGGCGCUUCUCCAGCCCAGGUCCUGCUCGCCUGGGGCAUCAAGCGGGGCUACUCCGUGAUCCCCAAGAGCGUCACGGAAUCCCGGAUCGUCGCCAACUUCAACCAGGUCGCGCUCAGCGACGCGGACUAUGCCAAGGUCAACGCGCUGGGACAGAGCCCACGGCGGUACAACAUCCCCGCCCGCUACACACCCAAGUGGGACAUCGAUGUGUUUGGCGAGGAGUGCGAGAAGGCGACUGCGCACAAAGUGAAGAUCGAGUAGAAGUGUAAAAGUGUAAUAGUAGGCCUUGUGCGAACCCGACCAAUAGGGCCACAGCAAUUGUAUCAUCCAAAGACACGCGUUUUCUUGAGGGAGGUGAAGCAAGCACUUCGGAGAACGUCGAAUGUCUGACACGUCCGUCCUACAGUCGGACGGAGUCCUUUGUAUAUACUCGGGUAGCAAUCCGUACGCCUUCAAACGUUCCGAGUUCCUAGCUAAGCGCUCUCCUGCCACGUGAGGGGAUUGCGUGUUCGGAGAGAAGAGACUGGUUGCGAGGGAUGUUACAAGCGCCGUAAGUCCAAAUCCAUGCUCGCUGAGUGUGAAUCAAGGCAUGGG